UACAGUAUAAAAUCAAGACAAAAAUCAAAUGAACCCUCGUUGAGAGCAGAAAACCCCAAAUCCCGCGGUUCCCCCGCGCCGCAAAAAUCAUCCAUGGCUUCUCCGCCGCCACCGGCGGCCGCCGCCGCCGCGAGCCCGAAGCGGAAACCCAAGCCCAAGCCGAAGGCAGCCGGCGCCUCCACCCUAAACCCUAACUGGGCGCAGCUCCAGUCCAAGCUCCCCCGCCCCGUCGCCGCCACCACCCUCGGCAAGCGCAAGCACCGCCCCGACCACCCUUCUCCGGCCCCCGCGCCCACCGAGCCCGCCGCGGAGGAGGAGGCGGCGGAGGUCAAGCUCGUGCCCACCUCCGACGACACCAGCUUGACGAAGGCGGUCGCUGUGGAUUGCGAGAUGGUCGGGGUCGGCGCAGGCGGCAGCAAGAGCGCCCUCGGCAGAGUCACCUUGGUUAACUCUUGGGGUAACGUUGUAUAUGAUGAAUAUACAAGACCGGUAGAGCGGAUUGUUGACUACCGUACCCAUAUUAGUGGGAUUAGACCGAAGCACAUGAAUAAAGCCAAAGAUUUCUGGGUUGUUCAGAAAGAUGUAGCUGAGCUGAUCAAAGGAAGAAUUCUUGUUGGGCAUGCCUUGCACCAUGAUCUUAAGGUUUUGCUACUAGGCCACCCAAAGAAGGACAUAAGGGAUACCUCAGAAUAUGAGGUUUUUCGAAGGGAAGGGAAGAGGAGAUCACUGAAAGAUCUUACUGCUCAAGUACUUGGUGCUAAAAUACAACAGAAAGAGCAUUGCCCAAUUGAGGAUGCUCGUGCAGCAAUGUUCAUUUACAACAAGCAUAAGAAAGUAUGGGAGAAGAAUAUGAAAGAACAAUUCAGAUUUAGAAAGAAGCUCAAGAAGCGAGGCAAGAAGAAAUCUGCUGAAGGCAGUGGGAAUGAUCCUAAUGUUCCCACGGUUCUUCUAUAGAGGAUGGAUUUAGGAAGCUAGUGUGAUGCAUUGCCCUACCUGACAUGAAUUUGAAGAUGCCAAAGGCUAUUUGUGUGAGAUUCUCAUGGAACUUAAAUGAGGCAGUAUGCUGACCCAAGAUGUGGUGCAGCUCAAUCAUGAUGAACAUCAACACAUUUCUCGAUGACAGUGUCACGAUUCCAUGGAUUUAUCACAUUUCAUGUAGUAGCAUUUGUUUUAGGGAAGCAAUAUUUCUGAUGAAAAUUUUGUACCUGAAUCUCAUAUUCUCAUGUAAUGUUACUCCAUACAAACCUCCAAGCUUUGCAGCAAACAUAUCUAUUAAUUUAUUGAAAAAGUUACAGGAGACAAGA